GGAUACGACCUGGUCUACAAGGCAGUGCAUUUGGAAGUACAAGUGCAGAGAUGAUGAGAUCAUUUAUUGGUAGGUUUGUGUAGAAUAGAAUCUUUGCUGACAUUUGUUAGCGGGAAUAUGAAUCAAUGUUUAUGAAAUACUGAAAUAGUCUAGAAAGUAUAAGACUGGUGGGGAAACAGCUGUCAUAAUGGCGGAAGAUGGCGACCAGGUUCCGGCUAUUACUGUUAAGGAGCCUCUGGAUCUAGUUCGCCUAAGCUUGGAUGAAAGAAUUUAUGUCAAGAUGAGGAAUGAACGAGAGCUUAGAGGAAGGCUUCAUGCUUAUGAUCAGCACCUCAAUAUGGUACUGGGUGAAGCGGAAGAAACUGUAACCACUGUGGAAAUUGAUGAAGAAACAUAUGAAGAAGUUUAUAAGACAACAAAGCGGAACAUUCCUAUGUUGUUUGUUAGAGGUGAUGGUGUAAUUCUUGUAUCCCCUUUGAUAAGAUCAGGUUAAACAUUGGUGUAUGCCUUGUAUCGUGUUUGAGCAAAUGAUAUGCCAUAAACCUUAUUGCCAAAAUAAAAAGAUCGUAUUGUUGUUUCCGGAGUAAAUUUCUAAUGUAUUUCAGUUCUCUGCAUGGAUAUUCCAAAGACAUAAAUAUGUAUCAUGAAAAUUUCACACUGUCAAACUAUUGCAUACAUUAUGUAGUAAUAUUUUCUUUGUUACAGUGUAAUUUGGAAGUAUCUACCUGAAAAUGCAGAUAAUAAAUAGUGUGUUGUAUGAUUGCACUUUUGCAAAAUAUUUUCAUUGGUUGUUUAAUUUUUGUAAUAAAUAACAUAUGUACCAGAAACAUCACAGCUCUUGAGUUGUAAUGUCUGGCAUAAAAUGACCCAUUUAAUUUUGCAAAGCAUUGUGUAGUCUUCAAAUUUACCUGUGUAAAGCUUUUAUGUUUAUUCCAAUUUACAUAAAUAAACAUGUCCAGUAAGCUUUGAAAAAUAUAAA